ACUGUAGUGCAGGUGGGUUCUGUGGUAACAAUAAUAAAUCAGAGUUGUUGCAAGAGGGAAAACUCCAAAAACAUCCGAAAAUGGCGGAAGACGACUGCAGCCAAGAGUACGCGGCGACCCUGCUGCAGAACGAUAACUACGUGGAAGGUUGCGCAGGAUGCAAAGUCGAUCAGCGUAAAGACAUCCAGAAAGGCCUCCCGAUCAAGGAAAUUUUCCUAGUAUGGGUUCUUAUUCUUUCCACAUCUCUGCCGAUAACGUCUCUCUUCCCAUUCGUUUAUUUCAUGAUAAGGGAUUUCGGCAUUGCGGACAGAGAAGAAGCCAUUAGUUAUUAUGCCGGUUUUGUAGGGUCUUCUUACAUGCUUGGAAGAGCUUUGACAUCCGUCAUUUGGGGAACUGUUGCAGAUCGAUAUGGCCGGAAGCCUGUACUAAUCAUAGGCUGUGGCUCAGUCAUAGUGUUCAAUACUAUGUUUGGACUUAGCGUAAACUUUUGGAUGGCUAUCGUGUCAAGGUUUAUCCUCGGAACUUUGAACGGUGUAUUUGGAACUGCCAAGGCAUAUGGGUGCGAACUAGUCCGGGACGAGUACCAAGCUUUAGCAAUAUCCGCAGCCAGUACAGCAUGGGGCACUGGGCUUGUUAUUGGACCGGCUUUGGGAGGCUAUCUUGCUCAGCCUGCGGAGAAAUAUCCAGGAAUGUUCGCAUCAGAUUCGAUAUUUGUGAGAUUUCCCUACUUUCUUCCUUGCUUGAUUACUUCAGUUUUCGCGGCUAUCGUCACUUUCGCUUGUUUGUGGAUUCCGGAAACCUUGCACACGCACCCGGCGAAAAAUCAGGUGUCGGCGCAGAACUCGUACGAUACUUUGGAAGUCACAUUUGGAGGCUUGGAUGAGACCAAGGAGUGGCAGAGGAAAAGCUCUUCAGAAAAAAGCCUUUUAAAAAACUGGCCCCUCAUGUCGUCCAUCAUUGUUUAUUGCGUUUUCUCACUUCAAGAGAUGGCUUAUACCGAGAUCUUUUCGUUAUGGGCGGAGAGCCCCCGAGAGUUGGGGGGCUUAAGUUAUACCACUGAGGAUGUCGGAUCGGUUCUUUCCAUCUCUGGUAUCGGAUUGUUAGUGUUUCAGUGCUCAUUGUAUCCACCCUUCGAGAGGAUCUUCGGCCCAAUCGUGCUCUGUCGAAUUUUCGGAAUAAUUUCGAUUCUUCUAUUAACAAGCUAUCACUACAUAGCGAAGCUCGACGGGAUUGCGCUCUCCAUCGCGAUUAACUGCGCCUCCCUCUUGAAGAACACUCUCUCGCUCUCCAUUCUUACAGGAUUGGUCAUUUUGCAAAAUAGAGCUGUGGAUCAAGACCAGAGAGGUGCUGCAAAUGGUAUCGCGAUUUCGUUAAUGUCGCUUUCCCAGGCAAUCGGUCCUGCCAGCGGAGGGACACUGCUUUCUUGGGCGCAAACUCGACAAGAUGCUAGUUUUCUUCCAGGCGAUCUGAUGGUUUUCUUUGCCCUGAACGUAAUAAAUGCCAUCGGAGUUUUGAUGACAUUUAAACCAUUCUUAGUGGAGCGUUAUCGGAAUUGAUGAUAGCAAUAUAUGAUGAGAUGUUCGAGGACGAGGAGGCUGUUCUUUGCCUAGGAAUGCACCUUGGAAACAAAGUGCUUGGCCACUCCCGGUUCAAAUAUUAAUAUAAUUAUAAUGUUUUAUAUAUAUAUUAAAAAAAAAAAAAAGAAAACAAAA